AUGUAAAAUAAUUGUAAAUUAGUGUGGAUUGAUAAGCAAAUCAAUAAUUACGAAAACACUUUUUUCUAAAAAAGACUUAAGGACAAAAUUCAAGAUUGUUCAUUUUUGGACUCAACUUCUGAAGCCUUGAAAAUUUUGCUUAAUUAACAGAAAGGUGAUAAAUUCAUUAAAAUUAUAUCUGGUUAAUUUAUCUAUGAAGAGAAGUUAGACUUAGGCGAUAACUUAAUUGUCUUUUGUGGAUAAUCUAAAAAGCAUUUAUAAUAGUUUUUAAGUAAAAAAGAAUUAUUAGUUCUUGUUGAUUCUGGAAUUGUAGAAGUGGAAGAAAUUGUAAAUCUAAAUGAAGAAUUCUUAAUUGCUAAAGAAUAUUUACACUAAUCAUUUGAUUAAAAAGCUCAAAAAUAAACUUAAUAUUAUCAUUAAUUUGAGGCUACAAGUUUCAGAUUUCUGUUGAUUAAUAAAAAAUUAGAAAAAAACUAUUAAACUAAUGAGGAAUUAAUGGAAAAGGAAAUUUUAUAAUUUGUAUCAUAAGAUGUUUUCAAAAAUUGUCAAGCUAAAAUGUAAGAAGCAUAGAAAAAUAAAAAAAAUGGAGGAAAAUUUAGUAUUUUUGAGAAAUUUAUAUAUUAUUAUACAGGAAAGGAAAUUUAUAGAGAGUUGAAUAGGAACUUUGCAGAGUCUAAUUAUUCAAAAUUAGAAUAAAUUAUGUGUGUAUUGUUUGAAGGAUAUUCCAAAUUACAGAGUAAGCCAUUGUCUAAUAAUAUACUAUAUAGAGGAAUAAGUGAUCAAGAAUAAGAAAUUUAUAACAAUAUUAUACAAGACCUAUAGUAAAGCUUAAAGAACAAUUAAAGUAUGUUUUGGAAUACUUUAGCUAGUACUUCUACCAAAGAGAAUGUAGCUAGAUGCUUUUGUAAUAAAAGAUAUAAAAUUCUAUUUGAAAUAACAUUAAAUUAAUAAAAUCCUCAUCCCUACUUUGUAAUUGAAACUUAUCACUCUUAAUAUCCAAAUGAGGGUGAAGUAAUCUUGUUUCCUUAAUUUGAAUUUAAAGUUGUAGAUAUGUACAAUAAAGACAAUAUUUAGUAUGUUAAAGUUGAGUAAGUUAAUAAUAAUUUUUCAAUGUCUUUAGAUAAUUCUAAAAGAUAAAAAUAUUGGACCAAUAAAAUUGAGAAUGAUCUUAAACCCAAACUUAAAAAGAUUUGUUCUUUUUAUUAAAUUAGAAUUGAUUACAUCAUUAAAAAUAUCAUGUAAUUUUCGUAAGAUAUUGAUGACUUAAAAGCUUUAUUGAAAAAUAAUUUAGAAUAAUAUCUUCGUAAGUUGGUGUCUUUGCUUUCAUCAUUUUAUAAUGAUAAUGACGAUUAUUAUAGGAUCCUCAAUUAAUUAUUAGAAACUGGUUAUAAAGAAAUAAACUCUGCCUUUAUCAAAGAAAGCGACUUUUUUAAGAAGUUGAGUAAAUUUAUUAGAGAUGUUUCAGAUCUUCUUAUUGAUUAAUUUCUAAAAAUAAUACAAAAAAUCUUUAAUAUUGAAGAAUACAAAGAAAAGUUGAUAACUUUAUUUUCGAAUUGCUAUGAUUUAAUUACUCAUUGUGCAUCUAAUUAAUUAGUCUAGGGGGUGGCGGCAUUUUCAAAUUAAAUCUUAGAGAGUAUUAACAACUUUAAGGACUUUAAGAACUUUAAUCCAAAAUAGACUUUUCAAAUAAAAGCCUCUGAAGCAGGUGGUUAAGUUAUUGGAGCUACUAUAGUUGAUGCUUUGAAUGGUAAAGCUAGUUUUGAAUAAUUGGCUCUGAAAGGUAUUUUUAUGGGGAUUUCAAGCAUCUCCGUAUAGUUUAGGUAAUUUAUUUGGAUAUUGUGGCAACUUUCGUUAAUAAAAUGCACUUUAUGCGAUCAAAACACUUCUCAUGUAGAAAAAGCAAUUCUUUUUGGAAAAUAAGCAUUCUCAGUUGGAGUAGCUGCUUCAUGGCGGAUGAGUGGUUCAAGUAUUGGUGGGACAAUUGGAGCUGCGUUUGGUCCAGCUGGAAUUCCAGUCGGAGCAUUUAUUGGAGGGAUCAUUGGAGGUGCAACAAGCUAAUUAGCAUAGGAUAGUCUAGAUAAUUUUUUAAACUUUAAAAUUAAAGUAUCCUUUAGUUCCAAAAAUAAAAGUAUUAAAGAAAAUGGUGUUUUAAUAUCACUUGGAGUUAAUCCGUAAGUAGAGUUUAAAAAUGUGCCUGAUAAAGUUUAAAAUUUAGUUAUUGUUUGUAAGGCAAAUAAAAGGGUUGCUUGGCUGACAAUAGUGAAAUCAUCAAUUAGUAUUAUUUAAGAGAACUAAUUAGGUUUAGCAAGCCUAUACGCAGGACCAAAUCCUGAUGAAUCUGACAUAACUUUUCAUGCUUUUGGGCUGGAAACAAAUGAUAUCAACACAGAUUCAGUUUUAGAAGAUAUUCAUCAGAAAAAAUACAAAGUUAUUUGUUGUGAUACAUAGAAUAUAUGUGAAUGA